GGUAGAAUGCUAGUAUAAAUACUGUCAGUUAAUUAGCAUAAGAUAUCACUCAAGCAUAACAGAUAAACCGAAAAAAUGUGCAGGACCAUACACUUGGUAUUUGUUGCUCUAUUAAUAUUUGCUUAUGCAAAUAGUUUAACCAAAGCACAAAAUAAUACAACAACAACAACAGCAGUAACAACAGAGGAACCAGAACCGUUAACAGAUGCACCUGAAUCUACAACAGUUAGAGCUACAACUACUACAACACGUAGAAGAAGAACGACAACAGCUCGUACAAGGCCCACUAAACCAACGCGAGCUACUAGGCCUACAAGAGUUACCAAGCCAACGAGACGUACCCGGCCUACAAGAGUUACUAAGCCUACACGGGCGACCAGGCCGACACGAGUAACUAAACCAACAAGAGCUACCAGGCCUACAAGAGUUACCAAGCCAACGAGACGUACCCGGCCUACAAGAGUUACAAAGCCUACACGAGUCACCAGGCCGACACGGGCAACUAAACCAACGAGAGCUACCAGGCCUACAAGAGUUACCAAGCCAACGAGACGUACCAGGCCUACAAGAGUUACUAAGCCUACACGUUCAAGAACUACAGCACGUGUGACAGUUCCAUCAACAACUACCAGAAUUUGUAGGCCACGUAAAAAUUGUACACGACGUAGUCGAAAUGUUUGUGGGCGCAAUCGUCGUGGCAUGUGUCGUAGAUUCAGAAAUGUAUGUGAAUACGAUAGGACCAACUGCAAAAUUCCAGCACGAAGAAAUCGUUGGAGGGGAACGGCCGUAGCACAAUGCAGAAAUAUUCGAGUGGGUCGCGUAGCUCGUUGCAGACGCAUGCCUCCACCAGUGUGUGUCAUUAGAAAAUGUCCUCGCCCAGCUAGCCAGUCAUUGUGUGUCAGAAGCACAAACCGCAGAUGGUGCCGACUGGUUGCUAACACUUGCGAACUCCAAAACAUGAACUGUCGCUCGCGGCCAAGAGGAUUAUGGCGUCGAGCUGACAAGGGAAGUUGUCGUGGCAUGAAAGUUAACGAUAAAGUUAUGCGCUGCUCCAGGCCCUUGCCACAAAGUGUUAACAUUGACAAGGCAAUAUUUAUAUUAUAAGAAACUUAUUUUAAAUAAAACUAAAUUUUUUUAAAAUUACAA